AUGGCUGCAGCUAAGACCUGCUUACUUCUCUGUGCCACGGGAGCGCAGUAUUAUGCCCUGACCCCCCCAAAUGCCAGACCUUCCGCAAAGGAAGUUUUGAAUCCCACUGGUUUGGAAGUUGUCACCCCUUGGAUACAUAUUUUAGUGAAGAGCAUCGUCGGCGUCUGCGUUUUGUCAGAUAUUAUUCUUGCAUACGCAGCGGGAAAGGAAUCGACUCCCAUCUCGAAAUCGCUCACGACUCUUCUAGUCCGCAGUGACUCCUGUUCGCUAUCAAGCUUGGACUAUACCAUGUCAUCACCCGCACUCAUAGUCGGGUCUUGCCUGAGCGUCAUCGGCAGUGCCAUCCGUAUCCACUGCUAUUCCACUCUAGGCAGAUUCUUCACUUUCGAACUCAGUAUCCGCCAGGAUCACAAGCUAGUCACAUCUGGCCCUUAUUCCAUCGUUCGACACCCCAGCUAUGCCGGUGGAUUAUGUGUUUUUCUAGGCAUCUUGUUCUGUCAUUUCCAUACCCAAUCAUGGUUGGUUUCUUGUUCGGGUGUAUUUCCUUCAUCAGGGGCCAAGUUGACUUUGGGAUGCAUUUGGGUGGGUUUGUUUAGUAUUCUUUAUUCUGGACUUUGGGGGCGGAUCGAGAAGGAGGAGGCGAUGUUGCAGGGAAACUUCGGAGACCAAUGGAAAAGUUAUGUGAAAAGGGUGCCUUACAAACUGGUUCCAUGGUUAUUCUAG